ACCAACGGCCGCGUGACAUACGAAGUGAUACACGGAAUGAAGUAUUUGGAUGCUGUGAUCUGUGAAACAAUGAGGCUCUACCCAUUGGUCUCGUUUCUGGACAGAGUGUGUAUAAAGAAAUUCGAGCUUCCACCAGCAUUACCCGGUGGUAAACCCUUCACGAUGGAACCGGGAAUGAAUCUUUGGGUUCCGGUUAUGCCUAUCCACAAGGAUCCUAAUUAUUAUGAAAAUCCAAACAAGUUCGAUCCGGACAGAUUUAUGGAGGAUGGAAAGAAGCUCUUUAACUCGUAUAUAUAUUUGCCGUUCGGCGUCGGGCCUAGAAUAUGUAUCGGUUCACGGUUCGCAAUGAUAAAAAUGAAAGUACUGCUCUGUUAUCUUUUCGCCAGAUUCGAUGUGAAAGCAGGAGCGAAAACGAAUAUUCCGAUGCAAUUGAAGAAAGGUUUCACGGCCGUAAUGCCUAAAAACGGGUUCUGGGUAAAGUUAGAGCCCAGAAAAGAUCCUCAUCCCUCUCUGGCUAAUGGGUUAUGUUGUUAGGGAAAAAUUGUUUUGUGUAACGAUGUGCGGUAAUUUGGCGAUUGUAAAACGAAUAUGAUGUUGACAGUGUGAACGUCGUACUGUUAACACAUGAGCAAGGGCAAAGCCGUCUAAUGCAAGUAGCAUGGACACUAACGUAAAUGAGUACGCGCUUAUUUCUAUUUUUAAACUCAUCCAGAAUUACGGUUACCAUUAAAAGCACGAUAGAUAUGAAUUUUCCUCGUAUGUUAUGGAAAGAAAUUUAUCAGAGUGGGAAGUCAGACCAGAAUUUUCUGACUCUUUGCAUUUUUCAGUAUUUGUUCUCAUUAACUAUGUAUCUCAGCAUUCUCAGUAUUUGUUCUCAUUAACUAUGUAUGUGAAUGUAUGACUCAGUAGAUUUUUAUAAGUAUGUCUACGAUAGUUGAUUGUAUAUUUCAUUGUCUCAAAA